AUGGAGCUUCAUAUGUAUUUUAGCGAGGCAGAUUCUUAGCAGCUGUAUUCAAAUCCGAUACCCUACAUACAUUUAUUGCACUGAUCGACUGGAGGGAUGGAGGCCCACAAUUUGUCCUGUAUCAUUUGCUUGGACCCCUUCAUGGUCCCAGUCACCAUCCCAUGCGGUCACACCUUCUGUCGAGACUGCAUCACGGCGCACUGGGACAUCAAGUCCAAGUCCGACAUAGGGCCGCAUUGCCCUAUCUGCAAUGAGAAAUUCACCACCAGGCCUGUCCUGAAUCGCAACGUGUCCCUGUCCUUUCUGUCCGAGGCCACAGCGAACAGUGCCAGUGUGUCCAGUAGAGACACUGUACCAGUUAUGAGGGGCGACAUGACCAGAGCCAUGGCCCUGAUUAUGUGUGACCGACACAAGAAACCCCUGGUGUAUUACUGCCGGACAGACAACAUGUGCGUGUGCUGCGAGUGUGCCAUCUCUGAGUGUAGGAACCACGAGCAGGUGCUGGUGGAGCGUGAGAGGGAGAACCGAGAGUUACUGCUGAGGAGGAAGAGUGUGAAGGUGGGAAUAUGUAUGGAGGAGACUGAGAGGAGCAUCGCUGGGCUGACAGAAAAUAUUGCCAAAGCCAAGGUGACCCUGCAGCAGACCUCCCACUGGGUGAAUGCCAAGUUCUCCAUGCUGUUGAAGGUCCUAGCAGAGAAACAGGCGUCUACGGGGAACUUCAUUGAGCAGGAGGAGGCUUCUCUCUCCCAGGCAGAGGUCAGGCUAGAGGAGCUGCAGGAGAGGGCCCAGCAACUCAGGGAAAGCCAGGGCCAGAUCGCAGCCCUUAGCAACCUGUCCGACACCCAGCUAAUACAGGAGUCUCGGCUGGUGGAGGUCCCUCGUAUGAAGGACAUUCCAGUGGAUGUGACCCUUAACCUGCAGGAGAGGCUCAGUGGGGUGACAGACGUCCUGUCGCGGAUCUCAAAGCUGGUGUCUGAGGACCUGGAGAAGGCUGUGUCUACAGCUGUGAGGCAGGACAAGCAAGGUUCUCCCCAGGAUAAGCGCCCCGUCCUGGCUGUGGUCCCCAGCCCUGCUGUUCCAUUACACCCAGCUGGGAAGAAAGGCCUCAGUGAAUACCACUGCACCCUGACCUUUGACCCUCGUACGGCCAACAGUCACCUGCUACUCUCCCAGGAGAAUCGACGGGCAGAACACCUGACCUCUGCGCCGCGCCGUGUCCCAGCCCACGAGGCUCGCUUUGACCACACCUGGCAGGUGCUCUGCUUCCAGGGCUUCAAACACGGACAGCAUUACUGGGAGCUAGAGGUGUCUAAGCCAUGGGCCUACCUGGGGGUGACCUACGAGGGCAUCCCCAGGAAGGAAAAGGGAAAGAGUUGCAUGGUGGGAAUGAACGAUCUGUCCUGGAGCCUCCAGCUGGAUGAGCACCAGCUGAGCGCCUGGCACAACGGGCGCCGGGAGACGGUGGCUGGCCACUACCACCACUCCCACAUCGGAAUGCUGCUGGACUACGAGGCGGGAACGCUGACGUACUAUGGAGACGGGCAGACGCGGCUGCAUUCCUUCUACUGUGCCUUCACUCAGGAGCUGUUCCCCGCCUGUUGGAUAGGGGAGGGCGUCAGCAUUACCCUCUGCUCGCCAUGACGACAACACCAAAGGGAAUGACUGUGACCUAAAUGUCAUAAGGGACUAGUCUUGUAAAGCUGAUGACAGUGUUGUGAUGUCACCUUACUGUGGGAGACUGACUUGAACGGGAGCGAUUAGUAAGCACACAUGUGACACGGGACUGUUAAUGUUCUGAAAUAUGGGAUCAGACUCGGGACAGUGGACUAGUCUUUGGGAUACUGAUGUGGAUUUGCAAGUUGUCCGAACCGGAAGCACAGUUAGCAACUGGAAAUGACUACUGUACGGGAAACCGGUUUUCCAUAAGAGGAGGGAAAAGCACAUUUCUAGGGCUUCUAGAGGCUGAAGAAAUUUCACAAAAGUUCCUGUUGGAAUUGUACUGGAGCUGAUGUUAAAUGUUUUGCACUACUUUGUGUUGGAAGUUGGAACUGGACAUAACUAUGGUAUUAAUGUAGACAUGGUGCCAGCCAGUUUCUGAUUUAGACCACUUGUCAUUUUGUUAAACAAGGCUAUAAAAACACAGAAAUAGUCAGGUACCCAGGUUAGCAUCACAAUGUGUACAGAAAAAUAAAAGACUUGUCAAAUGAAUAAAAAUUGACACAAUUCAACAUCACAAGAUCAGUUUAAUAAAAAUCCAAUGCAUAUUAGUUACAAUUCAGCCCAUGCUUUGCUUUUGUCUUUUUUAAUAAUAUAUUUGACCAUUUCAAAUGAAUUAACUCAAUAAAUUAGUGGGAGCUUGAAAUAAAUAUAUAGCCAUAUCUUACUUUUUUACUAUACACAUAGCCAUGGCAGGAGCGAAGAGGCCCGAUGCAUAGCAUUCUGAAAGUGCAAAGAAUCUGCCGGCUGCAUUGUGCCACAGAGAGAAAAGAGAGAUGCCCAAAUAUUAAAGGUGCUCAGAUCAGAUUCAGGAGACUGACCUCAAACAUGUCAGUAAACUACACACCACAAGAGAAGUAGAUAGCCAUUAGUGUUGUUCGAUGAGAGAGAAGUGACUAUUGAUCUAAACUGUUAGUCCAGAACACUGCAGAGUGAUGUGAUGCAAGGAAUU